UACUUAUAUACACUCGCGCGUGUUGAACAAACUUUGAUUAAUCCAUGGUGCCGCACAGCCACAUGCGAAUAAAAAAAUAAUUCAUCGAGAUAACAUAAAUAUAUAAUACGUGUAAUGUGCGUAACGUGCAACGAGGUGGAUCUGAAAAUCUGAUGAUGGGUGCGAGCACGCGAUUGCUUUAGGGUAUAUAGGAUCAAUGUUCAUGGUGAUUGAUUGUCAAGUUAAUUGACGAUGGGGAAGCGGACGACCGCGAGUUCGAGUCGCUCGGCCCAUCAUCGGCUAGCAGACGCAACGACUAACUCGAUCGUCGAUCGUUACCGAGUAUAUUAUAACUGCAGCUGCUGUUAGAUAAAAGCCCAAGAAGCAGGAGCAACGGCUGUCGGCAUGAUAAGCCAACUUACGAUGGGAGUAGGACUUUAAAUGCCCAGACCAAGGAACUUUAGGUAGUAGAGCUGGAUCCAGCAGCAAUAAUGCCCCACAGCCAAUACGGCUUGCCGACGAUGGCGCACGGGCUGCAGUCCCCGCCGUCGCCGACUGCCGUGAUGCCGGCUUAUCCUCGGUUUGGCAGCGUCUACCGACCGGAACACUCGCAGCAACAGCAACAACAACAGGAACAGCGGCUCACGCGCGAGGCCAUGAAACACUAUCUGUCCGAGCACAAGCGCACCCAGGGCAAAGCCGACAUGGUCGUCGUAAUCCUGCACGCCAAGGUCGCUCAAAAGUCUUAUGGCAACGAGAAGCGUUUCUUUUGUCCACCACCUUGCAUAUACCUCAAAGGCAACGCAUGGUCGAUGCGCCAGGAGCAAAUGCGCCGGGACGGCGAGACCGAGCAGUCCAGUCAGCUGUGCGCCUUUAUCGGCAUCGGCAACAGCGACCAGGACAUGCAGCAGCUCGACCUGAACAACGGCAAGCAGUACUGCGCUGCCAAGACCCUGUAUAUCUCCGACUCGGACAAGCGCAAGCACUUUAUGCUCUCGGUGAAAAUGUUUUACGGCAACGGCCACGACAUCGGUGUCUUCCACAGCAAACGCAUCAAAGUGAUCUCAAAACCCUCCAAAAAGAAACAGAGCCUCAAGAACGCGGAUCUUUGCAUAGCCUCGGGCACGCGGGUCGCCCUCUUUAACCGGCUGCGCUCGCAGACCGUGAGCACGCGCUACCUCCACGUUGACAACAACAACUUCCACGCGAGCUCGACACAGUGGGGUGCCUUCACAAUCCACCUGCUUGACGACAACGAGAGCGAGUCCGAGGAGUUUCAAGUGCGCGACGGCUACGUACACUACGGCAGUACGGUGAAGCUCGUCUGUUCCGAGACGGGGAUGGCCCUGCCUCGGCUCGUCAUUCGCAAGGUCGACAAACAGAUGGCUAGCCUCGAAGCCGACGAUCCGGUCUCGCAGCUGCACAAGUGCGCCUUCUACAUGAAGGACACGGACCACAUGUACUUGUGCCUGUCGCAAGAGCGGAUCAUCCAGUUUCAGGCGACGCCCUGUCCCAAGGAGGCCAACAAAGAGAUGAUCAACGACGGCGCGUGUUGGACGAUCAUCAGCACCGAUCGGGCCGAGUACACGUUCUUCGAGGGUAUGGGUCCCGUGCGCACCCCGGUGACUCCCGUACCUCUGGUGCACAGUCUUAAUCUCAACGGCGGUGGAGACGUGGCCAUGCUCGAGCUCACGGGUGACAACUUCACGCCGAAUCUCCAGGUGUGGUUUGGCGAUGUCGAGGCCGAGUCGAUGUACAGGUGUCAAGAGAGUAUGCUGUGCGUUGUACCCGACAUCUCGCAAUUCCGGGGCGAGUGGCUCUGGAUUCAUCAGCCGACGCAGGUGCCCGUUUCACUGGUGCGAAACGAUGGCAUCAUCUACGCCACGGGUCUGACGUUCACGUACACGCCCGAGCCCGGGCCCAGGCAACAUUGCGUACCCGCUGCUGAGGUGAUGAGGGUGCCGAGACCUAUGGGCCACCAGCAGCCAGCCAUGCAACAGCCGGCGAUCGCGGAUGUGCCCUGGAAUCACCACCAGCCGCCCCAGCCGGGUCUCUGAUACAGCCCGAACGGUGACUGGGAAACUUUCGAUGGAGGCGACGGUGGCAACGUGCAACAUGACCAAGUCGUUAUUGGCGAUUCGCAGGGGCUGGAGCAAUGUCCAUCGGUUGACGAACACACCGAUUCAUCACCUUGUCUUGCAAAGGAAACGUGCUCGACGAGGGAAUCGUUCCAGGUGCAGUAGUUAAGACUUUGAAAGUAAAUCUCUUGACUCUCUUAGGGUAAUCAAAGACUUGAAAUUAAGAACAAAAACAAAACAU